AUGAAACAGCACAGGAUCUGCGAUUUGGGCCCCGCAUCCUGCAGCCUCUCUACCGCUCCCAAAGAUGGAGCCGCGGUUUGGAAGUGGCAGUCUGGUGCAGCAGCAGCUGCAGGGCCAUCGUCAUCGAUGGAGUGGCACGGUCUGGGCACAGGAGCACAUUGGACCGACGUCACAACGGCACCUGCACCCGGAUCAGGCGGCCACUGUGGCAGUGCCGCGGUCUCGCCUCUUCGCGGAUUAUAUGGCAGAUCGGUUUCUGCGGCGGAGGAGCGAACUGGGGAUACAAUUCAUCAAACCCAUCGUCCUCAAACACAUCCGGUUUUGGAGGUAGUAAGGCCACUUUUGCAAGUGACUAAAUUGUCACACUCAAUUCAAUCGGCUGCUGUGUUGCGGUACCUGGCUACUGGCUGCUAUCAGCUAUCAGUGGCCCAGGACCAUCAUAUAAACAUUGGACGCAGCACAUUUGGAAAGAUUCUUAAAGUAUUUAUUCCGCUGCUAGACAGGCUUCUCUGUCGGGAUGCUAUAUCCCUCCAAAUGUCUAGGCAACAAAUGCAGAAAUCUUCCGUAAACUUCUUUACAAGAUAUCAACUGCCAAGAAUAGUUGCCUGUUUGGAUGGAACUUAUAUUAGAAUUCAGAAGCCUGUAAACAAUUCCUCUGUUUUCUUUAAUAGAAAGGGUUAUUACAGUUUGAACUGCAUGGUGGUUUGCAACGACAAUAUGGAGAUCAUCGCCAUUGAUGCCACUCACCCUGGGUCAUGCAAUGAUUCUUUCAUAUGGAACCACUCAAGCGCGAGAGAAUUCUUAUCCACCAUCAUAAACGGGCACUUUGUUUUGGCGAACUUCGGAUACGCGCUAGAGAGCUUCGUUUUAACUCCCUACAGGAGCGCGGAGAUUGGAACGUAUCAGCAUACAUUUAACUUAAGGCAUGCUCGAGCCAGAAACAUUGUCGAACGGACUAUUGGAGUGCUUAAGAGUCGUUUUCGUUGCCUGCAACGCUGCUUAAAAUAUGAGCCAUUGUUUUGUUGCAUGGUUGUAAAUGUAUGCUGUGCUUUGCACAAUAUAUGUAGAAGGCGAAACUUGAUCAUUACCGAGGAAUUUCCAUUUGACGACGCGCAAGAUACUUUUGACAACAAUGAUGUAGAAGGAGAUGAUGACGGACAACCUGAACGCGAUGAAAUUGUUCAGUCGCUCUUAGUCUGA